AGCAUUUGACUCGUGAAAAAAGUGAGAUGUGGCCUAAAUUUAAAAUGAAAAUCCUUGUACUAAGUAUUGUUUUUUUGAGUUUACCAAGUGUUCAUGGUAGGUUUUUAGGUGGAACAAUCUCUUGGAUGAUACUUCGAGAAAGUAAUAUCCAGAUGAUAUACCGUCUAUCAUGGGAGAAUGGAACGGGACCUUGUGGCCCUUCGUGUAGUGUGGAUAACGUCAGUAAGCACGUGGAUACAUUAAGCUCCCAGCUCUCAACGUUAAUAUGGACGUUUAACAACCUCAGUGAACCGGUUUAUUUGGGGAACGUCAGUUACGUUUUAACGUCGUUUAGCAAGUCAGUGCUGUUUGGAUGGGAACAUGGCGAAGGGGCCAUUACAAAGCGCAUAGUUACAUUGCCAGAUUCCCCGUUUUUCGUUAAACUGAGUGACCUACCAUGGAUAAGCUCCCAUGUCACGCCCGCGUCAGAAUCAGGGAUGAUAACUUCGCUCGUUGAUAUAAGAAUUCGGAACGAUCUGAAUAAAAUUAAUCAAAGCCCAUAUGUUUCUGUGCCGCCUUACUUUGGAAUCGCGCACAACUGCACGAGCGUAGUGGAGAUCCCUGCCGAGGAUCCGGAUGGAGACAGGGUUAGGUGUCGAUGGGCGGAGCCAAGUGAGUGUGGAGGAGGAUGCACCAACCUGCCAAUCAACUCUGUGCGGCUUGACCCGGACGCGUGCACCAUCAAUAUUGUUACAAACGAUUUCGAAAUGAACGGAGUUUACCGAGUGACUGUUAUGAUCUAUGACUAUGUGCUAUACAACAUUAAAAUGGGACAGGAAACUAUUUCCAGUGGGCAGCCACUAAGUCUUACACCAGUUCUGUUGACGCUCCGUAUCAUUAAUAGUGCCUGUGAUGCCAUAGGGCAACUCCAGUUUCUUUCGCCCUCUCCGAAACACAACUCAGUGUAUUCCUACUCUACGGCCCAGUACCAACACAAAGUGCCUGUGGAGGUGUCGUUCUACAUACAGGAUAUUCUCGGACGUAAACCAGACUUCAUGCUUAGUGGACCGGAAAACAUCACAUACACGUAUGAAAAUGACGACACCAAGAGAACAAAUGUAACAAAAUUCAGAAUCGUAUGGCAUGUAGAUGCAACCAAGCAGCAGGGCAGCCGUCAGUUGUGUGUUUGGGGUCUCGAUCUACAAGGGUUGACAACAGCACCAAGAUGUUUGACCGACAUUAUUUUUGACGAAGAUGGCUGUAAAAACAAGACUUGUCUCAACAAUGGGAAUUGCUUGAACGUGUUUGGUUCCAAUGAAACUUGCCGAUGCACGCCCAAAUACAGGUCCGCGGACUGCUCCAAAGAAAUAGUGUGUGAUGAUGCACCGUGUUUUAACAAAUCAACAUGUGUGCUGACGUCCGACGGCUUUAAGUGCAUUUGUCCGGCAGGAUACACCGGUGUGCAUUGUGAGAAGCCUAUUACAAUGUGUAUGUCAUCUCCCUGCGCAAAUGGAUCCACGUGUCUAGAUUUCCCUGGCCAUUUUCAGUGUAUUAAACCGCUUCGCAUGGGUGGAAGCAAGUGCGACGACAUAGAAACAGGAGCAGAAGCAACAAAUACAACAAGAACGCCGAUGAGAACCCUUACAACGACAACAGCAGCUCCUCCUCGUAGUACAUUUGACUUAUCCAGUGCAACAGUUGAUAAUUCGUUUGCACAACAACACACCACCUUCGGAACAUUGUCUACGGCAACCCCUUGGACGUUGAUGGGCAUUGGGCAAAGUAUUGUGAAUGGUACAACUACCGUGCCGAGUAAUCCGAACAUAUCUGAGAGUGCAGAUCUCGAACUUUGGAUUGUUUUGGCAAUAAGUGGGGGUGUUCUGUUUUUCAUAGUUGUAAUGAUUAUUUCGGUCAUCGGUGUAAAACGAUAUCUGGAUGGUAUCAAUGCACCACGCAAUCGCUCAGCCCAGCAGAAAAACCGCCGGGAUUCCAGAGUGAAUCCUACCAAUGGUUCCAGUCGCAUUAUAUUACGAAGCUUAAGUUUGCAAGAAUAUAUUCCAGAAUAGAAGACAUAUUAAGUUGUUAUUAUUAAUUAUGGUAAUAGUUUUACUCUA